GUCACACUGCUGCAUAGGGAAAAUAUAGACUACACAGCGAAAAGUAAAGUGUGAAUCAGUGCGUUUUCCUGGUCAUCGAACAGCCGAACCCAAAGUAGAAUCCCCAUGUCCGGCUCCGGUCUCGAUGAGAAUCCCUUCGGGGAGCCCAACCUGGACAAUCCGUUUGCGGACCCCGCCAUCCAGCAGGCACAGCAGGCCUUCAGGGGCGGCGCCGCCCUCGUCUCUCUGGAGGAUUACAACCCGUUCGAGGAGCAGGCCAAGCCGCAGCUGCAGAUCAACUCGACGAACACGGCAGCGGUGGUCCAGCCGCUGUCGCAGAACAUUCCGCCCCCACAGACCAGUUCCCUGGGCGCAUCGGCGCCGAGCACCAGCAUACAGAUCACCUCGGAGGAGCUGCAGCGCCGGCAGGAGGAACUGGACCGCAAGGCCGCCGAGCUGGACCGCCGGGAGCAGCAGCUGCAGGGCAACGUACCACAGCUGAACAACUGGCCACCGCUGCCGGACAACUUCUGUGUGAAGCCGUGCUUCUACCAGGACUUUGAGGUGGAGAUUCCACCCGAGUUCCAGAAACUGGUCAAGCGAUUGUACUACAUUUGGAUCUUUUACACCAUGACGUUGUUGGCCAACGUGAUCGGCGGUCUAAUUUUGCUGUUCCAUGCUGGCGAGUUCGAAACCUUCUUCCUGGCCAUCUUUUACACGAUGCUCUUCUCGCCCGCCUCGUAUGUCUGCUGGUUCCGACCGGCGUACAAGGCAUUCCGCAACGAUUCCAGCUUCAACUUCAUGGUUUUCUUCUUCAUCUACUUCUUUCAAACGCUGUACUCGAUUGUGCAGACGGUGGGCUUCAGCAAGAUGGGCUACUGCGGCUUUAUCACGGCCAUCGGGCAGUUCGAUAGCUCUGCGUCGGGCAUCAUCGUCGGCAUUCUGCUGUUGCUGGUUUCCAUCUGUUUCGCCACGGUGGCGGUGGCCAACGUGCUGAUGAUCACCAAGAUUCACUCCAUCUACCGCAGCACAGGGGCCAGUAUGGCCAAGGCCCAGGCGGAGUUCACCACCGAGUUUCUGCGCAAUCAGCAUGUCCAGGAGGCGGCCUCUUCGGCCGUCAACACGGCCAUCAACUCGCAGUUCAACAACAGCAGGUACUAAGGACACUCUGGCCUCCCGGGGAUCUGAUCAAAUCAAAAGGAGAAUCAAUCAAUCAACCAACCAACGAACUCAAGCACUCAUCCUGCUAAUCUAGAACAGAAAGAGAUGGUAGCCGCGCCAGAGAGAGGGAGAUGGAGAAGGAACAUUUAAUAAACAUUGAAAUAGCUUGGAAAAUAAAGCAAAAAAAAAGAAAUCAUUAAACUAAAAUAAGCAUUGGAGCAUGGAACUAAUAACUAUUUGCUUUUGUGCAUAAACAAUUCCUAGAAUGCCGUCGUCUUUAUUACAAAUAAUUACUGUAAUGAUAACACACAAAAACACACAAUGCAUUAACAAUAUUUAUAAACAGAGCGAAACUGAACGUAGAACUUAAACUAAAACUAAAGCUAAAAAAAGUAAA